AUGUCCAUCCACAAGCUCGACAAGACCCACGCUACGGUGAACCUCGAGGAGGCCGCCACCCGCACCGGCACCAUCCGCUCGGUGCCCUACCACGAGACCAUCGCCUACCAGCGCUUCUACGCCAAUGUGUUCACCAAGGCCACCGUCUUCGGCAAGAGGCUGAUUCCCCUGACCAAGAACUACGCUCCCACUGCUUUCCGCUGGGGUCUCGCUGCGGCCUACGUAAUCGAGCCUUCCUUCCUCACGAAGUACUUCACCAAGUCUGAGUCCAAGUAA